ACAUGAUGUAUUUCAUCCAAUAAAGUCGUGUAAUCACUAAAAAUCUAACUGACACUGCAUGUUGUAUUUUAUGUGCAUGGGAGGUGACAUGUGGCCUACAACUGCUAAUGCACAGCAGCAAGUGGACACAAAACCUACUACAAGAGCCACAUUUGGACUUGGUAAACAAUUGUGUAGCCAGAAAUCAACUAAUAUUUAUUCACAUUGACGUUCCAUACGUGUCUGAGCAGUUUUACCUGACUUUUUUUUAAGCAACUGCUGAAGUGCAAUGCUUGGCAAGCUGACGCUGUGGUGCAGGUCUCACCGCUGCACAGGCCGGGCCCAGUGCUGCAGGUUGUCCGGUAGGGUGCCUGCCGAGCUACAAGCAUGCUGUUGAUGUCAGGAGCAGAGGAGGGGAACGUGAGGAAUGGCUGAAAACUGACGGUGAUCUCCUGCAAGGAAACAGACCUGAUUCCACUGCGUCCGACACGCCGAGGAUUUCACCGCCGCCGGAGCAGUCUGUUUUUCGGAACGACGCACCGCUUUAUUAGUAUUAUUUAUCGGUUAUUUAAUGGGACAACGAAAACGUAAAAAAACGCAAGGUAGGCUACCGCUCCUGUCGCCCGACGCUGCUACUUUAUUUUCAUGGACUAAUACGACACACUGGGGUUUGAGAAAUGCUCCACAGAAAGGUAAAAGUGCUCGUCUUCGAAGCGGCCGUUUGCUUUUUAAGCUAGCUCGACGUUAGCCUGCGCGUGUUCCCUGAAUGUAUGAAGUGUUCGGACGUUAGAUUUUCUUGUGAAAAAGCGUCGCUUCAUCUCUGCAACAACCACAUGAGAAGUCGACGUCCGGAAUAGAUUCAGCAACAAACAAUAGGCCCCCCCUCUGCUUUUUGACAAACAUUGUUAUUACUGCUUUCACCUGAACCGACGAUGAGAGAGAGGGGGGUGAAAAUGGAUUUGUUUUGGAUAUGUUUGUGGUGUUUGCUACGUCCCGGUGCCGCCGGUCAAGGGCAGUCGACGGCCGUUUGUUCGCCCUCAUGCAGCUGCGAUGAAGAUGGGGGUGCAGACUGCUCCGGGAGAGGACUCGCCGCCGUCCCGACCGGGCUCAGUACUUUCACCUACUACCUUGACCUGAGCAUGAACAACAUCACUGAGCUUCCAGCAUAUGUGUUCAAGAACUUCCCCUAUCUGGAAGAACUGCGACUUGCGGGAAACGACCUGUCAUUCAUCCACCCUGAAGCCCUGUCUGGACUGCAUCAGCUCAAAGUCCUGAUGCUCCAGAAUAAUCAGCUGAAAACUGUGCCCAGUCCGGCACUGAAGAACCUCCACUCUCUCCAGUCUCUUCGCCUGGAUGCAAACCAUAUUACAGCAGUUCCAGAUGACAGUUUCGAAGGCCUUCAGCAGCUGCGCCACCUCUGGUUGGAUGAUAACAACCUGACGGAGGUCCCCAUCAGCUCUCUGAGACACCAGGCAAACCUUCAGGCUCUAACACUGGCACUCAACCGUAUCCUGUACAUACCAGACAACGCCUUUGCAAAUCUCACCAGUCUUGUUGUGCUGCAUCUUCAUAACAACAGAAUCAAGGAGAUUGGAGACAACUGUUUUGCCGGACUUGUAAACUUGGAGACACUAGAUCUUAAUGUCAACAACCUGAUGGUUUUUCCCAAAGCGAUAGAAGCCUUGCCCAAACUGAAGGAGCUCGGCUUUCACAGCAACGAUAUUGCCUCCAUACCGGAAGGGGCCUUUCAUAACAACCCCCUGCUGCGAACCAUACAUCUUUAUGACAACCCUCUGUCGUUUGUGGGCGCUUCAGCUUUCCAGAAUCUGUCUGACCUGCACUCGCUGGUGUUGCGUGGGGCCAGCAUGAUGCAGGACUUUCCCAUCCUUACUUGGACAAAUAAUCUUGAGAGUCUGACCCUGUCAGGAACUAAGAUAUCAUCCAUACCCAGUGAUCUGUGCGAGGAUCUCAAGUUGCUUCGGACGCUAGACCUGUCCUACAAUGAGAUACAGCAGUUGCCAUCCUUCCAUGGCUGCAUCCGGCUGCAGGAGAUAAGCUUCCAGCACAACCAUAUUCAACAAAUCGACAGGGACACUUUCCAAGGCCUCUCAGCUCUCCGUUUACUAGACCUGAGUAGAAAUGAAAUCCGAGUUAUUCACAGAGAUGCUUUCCUCACCCUCACAGCACUCACCAACCUAGAUCUGAGUAUGAACUCUCUGACUGUGAUUCCAACAACCGGACUGAGCUCUCUGAGUCAGCUGAAACUCUCAGGGAACCCACAGAUGAAAAAAGUGCUGACUGCAAAAAACCUUCCCAAACUCAGGUCCAUCUCUGUCCCGUACGCCUACCAGUGCUGUGCAUUUGUUGGAUGUGACUCAUUGACGAGUUCCUCUGAGGAAAAUGACCUCAAAAAAUCUACAGGUGGGGAGGAUGUGGAAAGAAUCUCAAUGAUUAUGCAUUGCUCUCCUUCACCAGGAGCCUUCAAGCCUUGUGAGCACCUCCUGGGUAACUGGAUGAUUCGUCUGACCGUCUGGUUCAUCUGCCUGGUGUCGCUGGUCUUUAACAGUCUGGUGCUGGUGGCCACCUUCUCCUCCACCUACCGAGCGCUCGGUCAUUCCCACUCCAUGGCUCCGUCUCUUUCUCCGGCCCGGCUGCUGAUGGGGCUCCUGGCUCUGGCCAACCUGCUCACGGCCGUGUAUGUCUGUGUGCUGUCUGUGCUCGACCUCGCCACGUGGGGAUCCUUCGCUGAGUUCGGCGUGUGGUGGGAGAUGGGACCCGGCUGUCAGGUCACAGGAGCUCUGGCCGUCUUCUCAUCAGAGUGGUCGGUGUUGUUGCUGUCGCUGGCGGCGGUGGAGCGCAGCGUGGCCGUGCGGAUGAUUCUCGGCAAAGCGUUGAUGUCGCCCAGGAGGAACGGCAGCGGCCAUCGCGGAUGCUUGAGAGGAGAUCGGCGCUUCAGCCUGGCUGCGGGGCUGCUGGGGCUGCUGGCUGCCGGCGGAGCCUGCCUGCCUCUCCUGACCUUCAGUGACCAGUCCUCGUCUCCGCUCUGCCUGCCAUUUGCUGGGGGCAACACUCCAGCUCUGAGUGUUACAGUCAUUCUGGUGCUGCUCAACGCGCUGGCUUACCUGUUCACCGCGGCCGUGUACACCCAGCUGUACUGCCACCUCGGCAGGGUGGAGCUGGCCGAUCCGGAGCAGACGGGCGCCCUACGACACGUAGCCUGGCUCAUCUUCACCAACUGCAUCUUCUUCUGUCCCGUCGCUGCUUUCUCCUUCGCCCCUCUCUUGACCGGCUCCACAGCUGGCAGUCUGGAGAUCGCCAAAUCUGUCACCCUCAUUUUCUUCCCGCUGCCUGCGUGCCUGAACCCGGUGCUGUACGUGUUCUUCAGCCCGGCCUUCAGGGAGGACUGGUUGAGGCUGCGUGGCCGUGGAGGUCUGUCCAGGGAGGUGAAGGCCGGCGCUGAAAGUCACCGAGACGACGGUGGCGGAGGGUCAGAGCUCACAGACGGAGGCUCCACCCACCUGGGCUUUGACUGUGGGGUGUACUCUCAGCUUUGUGGAGAGACAGUUGUGUGCGAGCAGUGCGAGGCAGCGCUGCGUGCCAGGACCUGCUCUUCCCCCUCGUCCUCCACAGUCUGUAGACACUUAGUGAAGUCUCACAGCUGUCCCACCCUCCUAGCUGGAGCUGCAGUGUGCCAGCGCUCUGAGGGGUUUUGGGCAGACGGCGGCACACCCUCCGCUCAGUCUGAGUACGCCGACGAGGGCGACUCAUUCGUAUCAGACAGCUCGGACCAGGUUCAGGCCUGUGGCAGAGCGUGUUUCUGUCAGAGCAGAGGCCUUCCUCUCGUACACUACUCAUACAACAUACCUCGAGUCAAGGACUAAGGACGCUUCAGAGCUCCAGUACGUCUGCGUGCACAGAUCUGUCAUGUGAAUUUAGAUUCUACAAGAACAUAUGAACACUUUUAUAUUAAGACAAGUCGUGCCAACUGCCCUGCGAUUCAGCAAGCACUUAUAUUUGUUAUUACUGUGUUAGCAGAGAUGCAACCAAUCAUUUAAAGGGAACUUGGCUUUUUGAACUGAGAGACCGUUUCUAAGCAAGCUGAACUGAGCACAUCACGUUACAAACUGGUCGACAAAGGAUUUUGCAGAGGAAAAUCUUGCCACCAGUGCCUGCCUCUUGCUUUCAAUUGGCCGUCAUGAUGAUGUGAGCCUCAGUGCGUAGGUGUCAAACGUUUUGUGGUGUCUCUGUUUUACCUGUAUUUGUAAGCUUCUAAAAUUUUAAUUACACGUCUUGCCAUUUUUUGAAGCUUCUCCACAGCAACCGUUGAUUUUAUACUUUGAUUUUUUUUACAUAAAUGUAGCAGAUGUAAUAAUCACUCUAGACUUUUUUCGUGUGAAUGUAACUUUCAGGCGGUUUUCAGUGAGCGGGGAGGAGAACAGAACAUCAGCAAUAACUUCGGCCCUACCUGCUAAUGUUUCAGUGUGAUAAUGGCAAACAACAGUCUGUAAUAAACACAUCUUUGCUUUCAGUUCCUAAGACUAAGAAUGUGAUAAAAGUAGCAGAUAUCACUGUUUCAGCAACAGAUACGCUUGGUGGUUUUGAAAGAGGUUAUUUAUUGUUUGAGCAGCAGGAGUGUCUGGGUGGAGACUGUUUCAGGUGUGUGAAAGGUGGCUUCUGAAUGGUAAAUACACCUGAAAAUGUAACGCAGAGCAUUCACAAAAACAGCAGCACCUCUCUUUGUUUAUUUCUUCGCUAAAAGUCCGUACGCACGUCCAGAUUUAGGUCAUUACUUUCAUUUGUCUGAAGGAGAGUUCCAGUUAUUUUUAAAACCUGGGCCUUAUUGUCUGAGUUUUUGCCGUCAUGCUGUUUGAUUUGGAUCAAGGUGAGUGUUUCUUUGCUGCGGAGCUACGUAUUCUGUUUGUCAGCGAGCCAAAAGGCACAUCAAACAUUCAGCACAGCAACAUGAAUGAGAUCUGCUUUUAUCUGACUUUCAGGUUGCUUUUGGCUCACGGAACAUUUGUGGACUCCUUACUCUGUUGAAUACAGCCUGUUUUAAUGUGCAAAAACGGUCUAAAAUGAGAAUUGAGAAUGAGGAAAAUUAUUGAAUUAAUGCAACAUUUCAGGAAACGUGCUUAACACUUGUCGUCCUGCGGGUCAGACUGACUUGUUAUAAAGUUUAAAAAUGUGGGAAAAAAAAUCUAUUUUCACGGUGAAACCUCUGUCCACAUUUUCAGCAUUUUUGAGAAAUUUUUGAACAUUUUCUAAAAAAAGAACAUUCACAGAAAUUUCACUUAAAGAAAAUAGAAGUUUUACUGAUAUAUAAGUAAUCACUUUAGAUGUUUUCGGGAAAUUUUUUGGAAUUCAGCUCAUUUAAAGAGUUUUCUUGCCAAAUUUGGGGGAUUUUUCUUUUUUUUAACAAAACUUUAAAGGGAAAUAUUUAAGGAAUUACUGGAAUUUUCUUCUUGAAGGUUUUGCAAAUUUUCAGAAAUUUGGGGAUUUUUUUUGCUGAACUUUUUUUUGGGGCUUCUUUCAGACAAGGAAAAAUAAUUUCUGAUGCUGUAAAUGAAGACAACAGCAGGGUUAAAUGUUGUUUUGCAGAAAGUGAGAUACUGCUUAUCACAUGUCUGUAGCUAAAUAUGAAGCUAUACUGAGCUCAGAUUUGCAUCAAGAUUGGAAGCAGAAGGAAAUAGGAGUCCUGUUUCCAGACUUUAUUCUACGCUGAACUAAACCAAACAAGUGCUGGCUCCACGUUCAGCUCACAGAUAUUACUGACAAAAUUACCCAAAAUGCCUCAAAAACCAAAAAUACCGUAAACGGACAUUGGAAAAAGCCCAGGAAAUCCCAAAUCUAAAUCAACGAUAUUCACUCUUGCUGAGGUUACGAGGAGGCCGUGUGACGUACGUCUAAAACUUAUGAAACAGAUUUUUGGCUUGUGAGCAACGACUAAUAGCAUCCAAAUUAAACACAUGAAUGUAAUCCCGCUUUCCUUUCACGUGAUCCGAACGCAGGAGAAGACCGGCAACCAGCUGAGUCAACAAGAUGGUGUGUGAGCCAUGCCAAAAGAAAUCUGAAGUGAACGAGCCUAAUUUGAAAGUGGUUGAUUAUUAUUCACCCACAGACAUUUAAAGACAAAUAUCUGCAGUUUGGACCAAGUUUUUGGUGUUUGUGUGACCAUAAAUGUAUACAUGAUGGUACAAAAGUUAGAAAAUAAGGCUCACGGUGGGAAUAGGAGGAAUUAUCUUUAAGCAAAUUUACCAUCUUAACUGUCUUUGCAAUCCUCAGACACUUUGUUUGGUCAUUUCAGUCCAGUUUAAUUCACAGUGCAGGUCAGCAGAAGAGCAUUAUUGUGAUAUUUUCGAGUAAAUGUGCGUCUUUUGAUCCUGAGAGCUGACCUGGGUUGAGGCGGUGUGAGUCGAGGAAUUGACUGAUGAUUGGUGUGCUGGAGCGUGACUGUACACAUUAAAGGUGGAUACGCCCUCGGAGCGUGUAUCCACAAGUGCACAUCAUGCGAGUGCUCAGGAAUUUAGGCAAUGUAGGGAAACGUUUUCCUUCCACCAGCGAGACGUUCUCGUGUCUUUCAUAUAAAUGCACCGUUUCAUUUUAAUGUGUUUUCUGUUUAAAACGUUGUGCACUUUCUUGCACCGAAAACCAAAAUGUCCUUUGAUUGUUUGAGAUGUCCCAUCUGGUGAGAGUGUACACAUUUUUAGUUUUUUUUAAAUGUAAAUUAUUUGAAAACAAGUAAUCAAGAAUGGGAUGCUAACUAAGGAAGCUACCUCCUCAACUGUAGUGGCUACCAGCAGUGCUUUGUAAAUGAAAAAAAAAUCCGUUUUCAUUUGUUGUUACUCUUUGUUUGCAUUCUUGGCUUUAUGUUGACAUAUGUGCAAAUUGUGGGAGGAAUCUAUGUACUGUAUACUGUGAUUUUUUUUUUUGUUUUUUUUAACCACCAAACUAUAAACUAUGAAAAUGUUUUAUCUUUUAUAGAUACAAACCUGCAGAAUAAUACAGAUUAUAUAAAAUAUCUCACGUAAUUUCAGUUUUAAUUAAAUCUUAUUUGUAGUUUUUCAUGUGAGAUCUCCCCAAAUUGUUUUUAUUCUGUUCAAAUAAUUCUUUAAAUUGUGAAUGAAUAAAAUUAGAAGAACACGAA